AUGUCCACGAUAUAUUCGUUCAAUCACCUUAUAGCUGAACGCACUCGCGAUUACCCAAACCUUGAGAUCUUAGGCAUACCAGACAAGAACCUCAAUGCAGUCAGCAACAUCAGUUAUGUAGUCACCGAGAUGGCACUUUAUCGAAUGGGCUACUGCGUGCUUUUCUUAUCGCCGAAUAACUCUCCUUCCGCAAUUGCUCACCUGUUGACUGUGACAAAUGCAACCCACGUGAUAGUGCAAGAUGCGCUAUUACCUUCCGCGGCAGCAGCUCUUACACAUCUCAGUAACCCCAGUUCUGUGACGAUCAUCAACCAGCCUUCAUCUGACGUCUUCGGCUCAGCCGCUCGUUCUUUGCAUCCAGAGAAGACGCGAUGGGACCCUGCAUUAAAGUGGGAGGAUGAAUAUCUUCUUCCAGUCACGGUCAUCCACUCGAGCGGGUCCACUGGUUUCCCAAAGCCGAUUACUGCAACCAACAAAGCGGCCGUCGGCAACUCCCUCAUGAAUUUUGGUCUUGCAAGUUUAACGACUUUGCCAUUAUAUCAUGCGCACGGCCACGCCAAUCUUUAUCGUGCAAUCUGUGCUACAAAACCACUGUACCUCUUCCCAACUGGAUCAAUGCCAUUGACGUCUACCAACGUUAUCAAGCUUCUCAAGCAAGCUCCGGACGUGGAGGCACUAUUUGGCGUUCCUCUAGCAUUGAAACUCCUCGCUGAGACCACUGAAGGUCUACAAGUCCUCAAGAGCCUUAAGCUUGUCAUGUUCGGCGGUAGUCCAUGUCCCGACGAGCUCGGCGACUUCCUUGCCAUUAUGGUUCUAGUUGAGAGAAACUUGACAUUCGGCAUACCUCUUUUCAAUGCAGCUGAAACGGGUCAGCUCAUGACGUCUUUCCGGGACUUCGAGACCGAUAAGGGCUGGAAUUGGACGCGCGCUAAGGGACCACAUGUUAUGAGCAACCGACCCGAUGGGUCGUACGCAACGAAAGAUCUAUUUAUCAAGCAUCCCACCAUCCCAGAUGCAUACAAGUUCAUGGGGCGAAUCGAUGACACCCUGGUCAUGGUGUUAACUGGCGAGAAGACGAAUCCUGUCCCGAUGGAGCUCACACUUCGUUCAUCUCCCUAUAUUGCGGAUGCCAUCAUCUUCGGUGCCGGCCGCAUUCAAAUUGGAGCUUUGAUUCUUCCAACCGAAAUUGCAAAAGACUGCUCUGCUUCAGAGCUCGCCUAA